AUGGAGUCCUCUGGUAGUGUCUUCUCCAAGACCCUUCAGGAGAUUACCAAUACCAAACUCCAAGAGCUAUCAAAGCGUCGCUCUCGUUUUGAAGAAGCAAAAAUAUCUAUCUUGACUUCAAUCGACACAGAACAUGAUGCCGUCAAACGUCUUGUCGCCCUGAGCGAUGGUGUCAAGAAAUCAUUUGCCGUCAAGCUUGACAAAGACAACAAGGUCAUUCUUGGUCGUACCAAGUUCAAGCAUCUCGAGAUUGACCUCAAGAACCUUGAUCGUUUCAUUGGUCAAGCCAGGACCGACCCCUCUGUUUCCCCCAAGAUGCUGGCUGAUUGGGAGAAGCUGCUUGUUCGUCAGCUAGACAUGCAGUCUCUUCAGUACCAGUAUGCCUGGCUUUAUGGAGAGCUCGUGACUGAGUGGCUGUCUGGCGACAAGGAGAAAGACCAAGAAGCAGACAUCGAAAUGGGCGAGGCAUUCGAGGAUGUUGGUGAACAAGCUAAGCUGCAAUCCAAGAUCGAUUGGGAGAGCAUUGUAUUUGAACCAGCUAGCGUUGACACUAACGCCAUCACUAAAUAUCUGGACCACCUAUUCGGCGUCAGCGUCAAAGAGAAAAAGAACAUUGCUAGUAGUCUGCAGCGGCUUCGACAGUCUGUCUUAAACCAUGAAGCACGCAUCUCAACCCCGGACCAGUUCACUGUUUACUCGCUGAAAUGGGUCAUUGCAGGUCUCCAAUCGUCUGACCUCCUAUCAAACGAGAAACGAGAGGUUCUCAAGGAUUUCGAAACAAAUGAGAUGAUUCUCAAAGAGAUUGCUGACGUUCUCAACAUGCGCAUCAAUGCUUUGGAGUCUUGGACCUGGAACUCGGAAUCCCCAGUUCCUUUGGAAAUGACGCGCAAGAUCAGCGGCAUCUAUAAUAUUCAUAUGCACGAAGAUCUACUUCAGGCGAUAUUCCUGCAGUAUAUUGGCGUCAAGUGGAGCGUUUUCUUUAAGUCCGCAUUCAACACAUUCCGCAACUCUGGAUCUUGGAAAUCGAUGCGUCAGAAUAUCACUAUCGACGAGGUGAGACGCCUUGGUUACUACUUGGGCCCACUGGCGACCGAACCCUCCCUACAGAGUCAGCGAGACAAGGUUAAUGAGGAAAGAUACUUCAUGGCCCAGCUCAUGAAUUAUGAACACGAAGUCCUCAAUACGGCUGAUGGCGAGGAAGAGGCCGAGUACGAACAAUUUAGCACCGCGCAGCCAUUGAAACGGAGAGGGCGAAUGAAGCAAACAGCCCGAAAGUCUACAGGAGGGAAAGCACCCCGCAGGCAACUCGCUAGUAAGGCAUGUCGAAAAGCUGCUCCUUCAGUUGGGUUUAUGAUGUCUGCUGAAGUUGAUCAGGCUGAGCAGGAAGAGGAGGAAGACGAGGACGAGGACCGCGAUGACGAUGGCGAAGAUGAAGGCGAUAUUCGGAGCCCAAUGGCUCUGAAGCAAAAAUUGCUCCACCUUCUAUCGUCCGAGAUCACAAUCAACACUCAUCUUUACGGUGAAAUGACGGCUUUCCACUCCGUAUUUGAGGAUUGGAAUCCAAGGCUACCACAUGACACCGUCUUAACAAUUUUGAAGUAUCUCGGCGUAUCAGACACUUGGCUCAGCUUCUUCAGGAAAUUCCUCGAAGCUCCCCUCAAGUUUGUCGACGAGGAUGACUCGACUGCACGUAAACGUUGCAGAGGAACACCCGCUUCUCAUGUGCUCAGUGAUGUUUUUGGCGAAACUACUCUGUUUUGUCUAGAUUUCUCUGUCAAUCAAUCCACUUCAAGCAACUUGUGGAGGAUGCAAGACAACUUCUGGUUCUGGUCCAAUGAUCACAAUGUCGCAGUCAGGGCAUGGGAAACUGUUGAUGAGUUCAUCACCGUAACGGGAGUUGAAAUCAAUCCCGCAAAGAGUGGAUCGGUCCGGAUCUCGAAAGACAGCAACAAGACAUUGGCUAUCGACGAGUCACUGCCUGAAGGCGAUAUUCGCUGGGGCUUCCUACGCUUGUCGCCAAAGACGGGCCGUUUCGAGAUUGACCAGACCAUGGUCGACUCUCAUAUCAAAGAGCUGCACAAGCAGCUGCUUGACAAGCGCAAGAGUGUUCUUGGCUUCAUCCAGGCGUGGAACAGUUACGCUGCGACCUUUUUUACGUCCAACUUUGGUAAAGCAGCAAACUGCUUUGGGCGCGAGCAUGUCGACAACAUGCUUUCGACGCAUAGAAAGAUCGAGCGUGACGUAUUCACCAAAAUUUCGGGAGGUAAAGUUACAAGUGUUGCCGAGUACCUAAAGAAAGAACUUGGUGAACGUUUCGGCAUUAAGGACAUUCCCGAUGGCUAUCUCUACUUCCCUAUGGAGCUAGGUGGCCUCGACUUGCAGUCCCCAUUCAUCCCUCUCAUGCAAAUCAAAGACCAACUCAUCGACGACCCUGCCAAACUCAUGUUUGAUUUCGAGGAACCUGAGCGCAACGCAUACGAGAAGUACAAGGAGCUCUUUGCCAAAGGAUGGCCCAGGCGGGAGAAAUACUCCCUUGACGAACCUGACUGGGAACCUGAAUCACAGUAUGAUAAAGAUAACUUUAUGCCUUUCCAAGAGUUCACUCGCUACAGAGAAUCAUACUUCUUCGACCACUUCAAGGGGUCUGGAAGACUGCAUCGUGUCUUUCGAAACCUUCUCAAGAGACCAAAAGAGUGCAAGGUUGAUACUGAUGAAACUCAGUCAGGUGCACUGGAGCGGCUGCGCACGGAGCCGAACCUUCGGGGUAUCACGGGGUGGUGGAAUAAUAUGGACGCUUAUUGGACUUGGGUUACUAUGUUCUACGGAAGAGAUAUCGUGGACCGCUUUGGAAGGCUCAAUAUUGUGAACACUGAGUUGUUGCCCAUUGCAAUGGUGACUUUGUUCAGGGACAAGCGUGUCAACUGGCAGGGUUGA